CUUGAGUGCGGCUUCGCCGGUUUGGCGGGGUGAAAGGUUGUGAAGAUGGCGACGGCCUUGAGCGAGGAGGAGCUGGACAAUGAAGACUAUUACUCACUGCUGAACGUGCGCAGGGAGGCCUCUUCUGAAGAGCUGAAGGCUGCCUACCGGAGGCUGUGUAUGCUCUACCAUCCGGACAAGCACAGGGACCCGGAGCUCAAAUCACAGGCAGAACGGCUGUUUAACCUUGUUCACCAGGCCUAUGAAGUGCUUAGCGAUCCCCAAACAAGGGCCAUCUAUGACAUAUAUGGGAAGAGAGGCCUGGAGAUGGAAGGAUGGGAGGUGGUGGAGAGAAAGAGAACUCCAGCCGAGAUCAGAGAGGAGUUUGAGAGGCUCCAGAGAGAGCGGGAAGAGCGGAGACUGCAGCAGCGAACCAACCCCAAGGGAACCAUCAGCGUUGGAGUCGAUGCCACUGACCUUUUUGAUCGCUAUGAUGAAGAAUAUGAAGAUGUGUCCGGAAGUGGCUUUCCGCAGAUUGAGAUUAAUAAAAUGCACAUAUCCCAGUCCAUUGAGGCACCCUUGACAGCUACAGACACAGCCAUCCUCUCCGGAAGUCUCUCCACCCAGAAUGGCAAUGGUGGCGGUUCCAUUAACUUUGCACUCCGGCGGGUCACUUCUGCAAAGGGAUGGGGAGAGUUGGAGUUUGGAGCUGGAGAUCUCCAGGGGCCUUUAUUUGGUCUCAAGCUGUUCCGUAAUCUCACACCAAGAUGCUUUGUGACGACAAACUGUGCUCUGCAGUUUUCAUCCCGUGGGAUCCGGCCUGGCCUUACCACUGUCCUAGCUCGGAACCUGGACAAGAACACCGUGGGCUACCUGCAGUGGCGAUGGGGCAUCCAGUCAGCCAUGAAUACAAGCAUCGUCCGGGACACCAAGACUUGCCACUUCACUGUGGCCUUGCAGCUGGGGAUCCCGCACUCAUUUGCACUGAUCAGCUAUCAGCACAAGUUCCAGGACGAUGACCAGACCCGGGUGAAAGGGUCCCUCAAGGCAGGCUUCUUUGGGACAAUAGUGGAGUAUGGAGCUGAGAGGAAGAUCUCCCGACACAGCGUCUUGGGUGCUGCUGUGAGCAUUGGUGUUCCGCAGGGUGUGUCUCUCAAAGUCAAGCUGAACAGGGCCAGUCAGACCUACUUCUUCCCGAUCCACCUGACGGACCAGCUGCUCCCCAGUGCUGUCUUCUACGCCACCGUGGGGCCACUGGUGAUCUACUUGGCAAUGCACCGUUUGAUCAUCAAACCAUACCUCAGGGCUCAGAAAGAGAAGGAACUGGAAAAGCAAAGGGAGAGUACAGCCAGUGACGUCCUGCAGAAGAAGCAAGAGGCAGAAGCUGCUGUGCGGCUGAUGCAGGAGUCUGUCCGGAGAAUAAUCGAAGCAGAAGAGUCCAGAAUGGGGCUCAUCAUCGUGAAUGCCUGGUAUGGGAAGUUCGUCAACGACAAGAGCAGGAAGAGUGAGAGGGUGAAGGUGAUUGACGUGACCGUGCCGCUGCAGUGCCUGGUGAAGGACUCCAAGCUCAUCCUCACCGAGGCCUCCAAGGCUGGGCUGCCAGGGUUCUAUGACCCGUGUGUUGGGGAGGAGAAGAGCCUGCGAGUGCUGUACCAGUUCCGAGGCGUGCUGCACCAGGUGAUGGUGCCUGACAGUGAGGCCCUGAGGAUACCAAAGCAGUCUCACAGAAUCGACACAGACGGAUAAACUACUGGGAACCCUGAGUAAACAUGCUACAAAAUACUUUCCGGGGAGUCUACAACUUUGGAGCAGGGAAACCCAGACACGAGAUGUUUUUUGUUUAUCCCUCAAGAAGGUGGCGCUGUAUCAAUUAUGUGUUGGGACAUGCAGACAG